AUGUCUUCUCCUUCAUCAUCAUCAAAUGUGCAAAAGUUCAAGAAACUAUUUAAACGCAAAAACCCCACAUCCACAACCACAACCACAACUACAAUUCCAACCCCGGCCUCUAGUCCAAAAACCCGCAUAACGUCCUCAUCAACCUUCACCUCCAUAUCUUCUACCCGCUCCUCCUCAUCCUCAUUCUCCAACACAUCAGCCUAUUUUUCUGCCACAUCUUCUUAUGCCUCAGAUGCAGUAGAUUCCAGAAAUAGAAUGGAUGGGUUGGGUGUUAGGAGUAAUAGUUCUUCAUCGAUUAGCUCUUUGGAAACUCGGAAGACGGAGGAGUUUUGGGGGGAGAGAAGAGAGGUGGGGAAGGGGAAGCGGAAGGGGAUUAGAGGGAGGGAAGAACUGAACGGGAAUCAAAUUGGUGAUGAUUUGGUCUGUUGGUGA